AUGGCACGAUGUAUGGUUCCGCAGUCGACUUAUGAUACACCGAAGAAUGCACCAACAAUAUCACUGUCGAAAUUUCUGAAUAAUAUUCUAGCACCAAUAUUCUUAAGUGUUGCUCGAGAGACAACAUUCAUUAAUAGUAUAGAUGUUAUUCGAAAAUUAGAAAAAGAUGUUGAAGAUGGUCAUUUCCGUCCAACAACUAAAUUUGUUACAAUGGAUGUGACUGAUUUAUAUACAAUGAUACCAAGACACGGUACAUUAGAAGCACUAGUAGGAUUUUGUAUGAAACAUUCUAAGAACAAUCGUAUUGGCGCAUUAUAUAUUGAUCAUAUCAUGAAAAUAGCUCGCCUUAUUUUGGAUACGAAUUAUUUUGCUUAUUAUGACAAAUAUUAUAAGCAAAUACGUGGUGGUGCUAUGGGUUCCGCAUUUACCCAAGUUUUAGCAAACAUUUAUAUGUAUGAAUGGGAGCAAGACUUGAUUAAAUAUCAAAAGUCAAAAAAUGAAAUCUACGGCAGAUAUAUCGAUGAUAUCUUUAUGACAACAAACGAACCUGAACAUAAGAUUUGUCAAAUAUUGGAUAAAGAAAAUAAUAAAAAUGUUAAUAUUAAGAUCAAUUAUCAAAUCGGUAUAUCUGUCGAUUUCUUGGAUGUAACAAUCCAGAAUGUGAAUAAUCGGUUAAGAACAGUGCUUUAUCAUAAGCUUGCAGCUGAACCGUACAUAUUACCAUUUACAUCGGAACAUCCUCGUCACAUUCUUCGAAAUAUUCCAUGCACAGCAAUAUUACGUGCGGCUAAAAUAUGUUCAGAUGUAAAUGAUUUCAAUGUGGAACAGCAUAAUAUUAUGAUAUCAUUGCUGUUAAAUGGUUAUCCACCAAAAUGCAUCGAUAAGUGCUUCCAACACUUUUUCAAACUGAAUGCAGCUACAUCAGUAUUGACCGAUUUAAACGAAAGAACUUAUCAACACUUACAUCAAAAGUUAUUACGACAGCCGACAAGACGAGAAAAACAGCUCAAUAUUCGACUAAUCGAUCUCAUAGAAGCACCAACAGUACUCCAGUCAAAGAUAUGGGAUAAAUCCAUAAUGUAUUCACGUUAUCCGUACAACUUCACUGUACUAGCGGUUUACCCGAACAAUUUCACAAUUGGUGGAAACAAAAUUUUGUUGAAUAUCACCACCAACUAA